ACGCACGCGCGCGCGCGCAGGGCAGUGGUGGGGGUAAACGACGUUCUCCUGCUGUCUGUAUUGAAGAAUAUUCGUGAAAUGUGCUUGUAACAUGUUAAAGAAGUAAUAACAUGUUUGAUAUUUGUUAUGUUAUUCGUGUUUAACAUAUGAAGAGUAGAAAACGAGUUUGUGUGCUUGUGUAAUGGGAUCAGAAGCUACGCCUCAGAAACUCACACUUGUGUUUGUGAAGACCUGACGAGUCUUUCUCUUCUCAUGCACAGUGACAUCUACACAACCCGUUUAUUCUCACGGUUAUCUCGGUGUGUUUCAGGCCGGUUUGUGUUUCGACGCGACGCCAUGAUAUUCUUCACAUUCGAUGAGCUCACGCGCGCUUCUGAUCUUCUGUACUCAGCCGAUCGACUUCACCAGUGUAACUGGUCAUCCUUACUAGUAUAACUAGUCGUCUGAUCUGAGGAUUCACUUCGACAUGAGCUCGAGUCAAACUUUAACGGUGUCUGAGGAGUUCUUCAGCAGUGAGGUGAUGUCGCUCACGAGUCAGACCCCCGCACACUGAUCUAGCACGGAGUCAGUCAGUGGACCCCCGUGUGUUGUUGAUCCGUGACAUCAGUGUGACAUCAUCAGCUGCAGGCACAAUGAGGCCGUUCAUGUGCUGAGGGUCACGUCUCUGGAGGCGGUCAUGAGUUCGGUGCGGUCCAUCGGGCCCGAGGGGCUGGUGGCUCUGCUGGAGGGCGGUCUGGACCGCGUGCUGCUGAUCGACAGCCGUCCGUUCGUGGAAUAUAACACCUGUCAUAUCCUGGAGGCGGUGAACGUCAACUGCUCCAAACUGAUGAAGAGAAGAUUACAACAAGAUAAAAUCCAAAUCACUGAUCUCCUGCAGCAUUCUGCCAAGAGGAAGCUGGAACUUCAGGGUCAGGAGGUGGUGGCGUAUGACCAGAGCUCACCUGACUCCGCUUCUCUUUCAUCUGAAGCCUUUCUCAGCAUCCUGUUGGCCAAGCUGGAGAAACGUUUCCCAUCUGUUCAUCUGCUCUCAGGUGGUUUUGUGGAGUUCUCACAUCUGUUCCCGGGUCUGUGCGAAGGGAAAUCCACACUUGUUCCGUCCUGUAUCUCCCAACCAUCUCUCCCCGUCACGAACGUCGGUCCCACACGGAUUCUGCCUCACCUGUACCUGGGCUGCCAGAGAGAUGUUCUCAACAAGGAGCUCAUGCAGCAGAAUGACAUCGCGUACGUGCUCAACGCCAGUAACACGUGUCCCAAACCCGACUUCAUCUCAGAAUGGCAUUUCCUGCGGGUGCCGGUCAACGACAGCUUCUGCGAGAAGAUUCUGCCGUGGCUGGACAGAUCAGUGGACUUCAUAGAGAAAGCCAAGGCCAGCGACGGAAGAGUUCUGGUCCACUGUCUGGCCGGAAUCUCCCGCUCGGCCACCAUCGCCAUCGCUUACAUCAUGAAGAGAAUGAAUAUGACGUUAGAUGAAGCCUACAGGUUCGUGAAAGAGAAGCGGCCCACCAUCUCACCCAACUUCAACUUCUUGGGUCAGCUGCUGGACUUUGAGAAGAAGCUCAAGUGUGCGAGUGAAACGGCGGUCAAACCCAAAGCCGUGCUGCAGGUGGAUCCGUCAGAAGAUCUGAAGUCUGAAGUCAGCGGAUCACAGGAGUCGCUCUCCGAUCAGCAUCUGAUGACCCGAGGGAUGUGCGGUCUGCAGCUGGCGGAGGAGAACACCAGACCCAAACGCUCCUUCUCUCUGGACAUCAAGUCAUACGCUGAGUCUGGAGCGUCGCCACCAAGCGCUCAUCCUGACAGCCCAGAACUCUACCAUCCGCCCGCUUACAAAGAUUCAGCCAGCAAACUCUGUCAGUUCUCACCCGUGCGGGAGGUUUCAGAACACAGCCCACCGUCCAAACCGCAGACGGCUUCAGUCAAUCGCAGUCCCGCAGCAUCGCCGUGUCGUCAGGCGUUACAUCGCAGCGGCAGCAUGGAGGAAACUCCCAGCGGUGUCCUGUCAGGAUCCCAGCGGCCCAAAGCCGGGCCGGUCGCUCUGAAGGGGUGGCACUCCGACAUCCUCCUGGCCCCGGUGGCCGGCGGCUGGUACCUCUCCUCCGAUUCCGCUCGGUUCUACUCCACGUCGGCCAUAUUCGGCUGCGGUCAGGACCGUGAGAGCGUGCGGAGGCGCGGGCGGCAACGCGGAGGAGACUCUCGCAGGAGCUGGCACGAGGAGAGCAGCUUUGAGAAACAGCUGAAACACCGGAGCUGUCAGAUGGACUUUGGAGACGGGAUGUCAGAGACUCGCUCAAGAGAGGACAUCACACACGUGGCCAGUCGGUCCAGCUUCUCUGGAAGCAUGGAAAUCAUCGAGGUGUCCUGAGAUCUUCAGACUGACAGCACAGAUGUGUUUGGAGAUGAAUGUUGAACGUACUGAGCCCGUGAGUUAAACGUUCCGUCCAGAACUGUCCAGUACCUCAGAUAUAAGGGCUUCUUGUAGCUCAUUGACAAUAUCCAUCUCAGGUCUUUCUUUUGAGAAGCGGAUUUCCUGAGCUGACCGUAUGAAUGAUGCUCAUGUGAAGUACAGGUCAUCUGUCAGAGCUGAAGAUCUCUUGUGUGUAGUCCACACUUCAUUUUGCUCAGAUCAGGUCAUUCAGUAUCAUUCGGCAAGGAACAAAGUGAAGGAAACAAGCAGACAGAUCAUGACAUUCAGAACGUAAUCACAUGACAUCACCAGUCAGAUGUUUGGACUUCCUUUCCAGAAUUACAGUCCAAACACUCAAAGAUGCUUUGAGAAUAUUACUGACCACAUAUAUCUUGACUGCUAACCCUCACUUCUUGUUUCACUUCAUCCGUAUAAAAACCGUUUGAAAACAAAUGUAUUUGUUUACCAAACUAAUAGCAGACAUUUACAUCAGCCCAUAAAACUCUUGAUUAAGGGAUCAUGAAGAACUUUGUCUAAACUCUUGACUGGUGGUCUGAGGACAGUGAAUGAAUGUGUUUCUGUGAUGGAGGUCAGUGUGUGGCGUACUGAGAGAUGUGCUGAUGUGAAUCAAGUUUUGUUUCUUCAUGUUAUUGUGUUGCACUAUUCUACAGAAGAAUAUGAGCCGUUUUAUCAAGCUGUUGUGAUGAUGAUGAUGAUGAUGAUGUUUGAAAUAGAAUGAUUUGCGAUGAUAAAGAGUGAUUCAGCCAAACAUGUUUGAAGACUGCACACUGCACUGCAGUUUAAUCCGGUGCUUCUCUUUCUCUUGAGUGUUUGUGAGUGUUAUUUACAGGUGUGGACAUUGAGUGUGGUCUCCCUCUCAUCAGCUCUGUGAUUGGUGUUUGUAGUGUUCAUGAGAACACAUACACCUGUUAUUUACAGAUGAUCAUUGAGACAGAUGACACAGGGAGCCCAUUUCAAUGUUGAAAACAAGCAAUUUAACGCGAAUUCAGUUAUUUUUGCUGUCUGGGGAAGGCUGUUGUGAUUCUGACGAUCAUUCACUGUUUCUUGGUCGAAAUCAAACCCUCACGUUAGGACAUAAUCAUCUUCAACUAUAUCUUCAUGAACGUAAUCUGCUCUUUUAACUCAAAGCGUUUAUAACAUCUCUGUCUUUUAGCACGUUAGGAUCUUUCAGAAAUAACGUAAGUCGAUCUAGAAAAAUCAUUGCACGUUCAUAAUGCACUUAGUUAAGUAAAAUAUAUACGGAGUCCAAUUGUAAAUAGUUCUUAUAAUCGUUUAACAAUUAAAAGUAAAAAAAAAUGUAUAUGGCCGUGUAAGUGAAAAUUGGGACGAGAACACCUAACGUUUGUCCUACUAAUCGAAUCUGAAUAACAGCAGACAAACCUGCGAUUCUAAUCUGUCAAGUCAGGUCGAGCGAAUCCGCGCGCAGAUACAUGACAUGGACUUGACACAGAGGACUCUGACCAACGCUAAUGGCUAAGAAAUCAUUCCGCUUAGAGAAGUAGUCCCACAUUUAAAUGACAAGUAAAUGGUGUUUAUUUGAACUGGUUUUGUCCCUUUACAAGUAUUAAUACUAUUAUAUAUAAAACGAAGUAAGUAUUAAUAUAUGCGUGUGUAAAGUAGGUAACUGAUAUCCACUAAUAUCAUGUAACGUUACAAUCAAUAGAUAUUGUUACAUUAGGGACGUAUCCCAUUAUCAAGCAAGAAAAAGAAAUCACAUCAUUGCUUUUCACAAUUUUCUUUAUGACAUACCUUUCUUUAUUUUAUUAAAUGCGCACUAAUUAUGAGCUGAGACCAGCACCAAAUAAAUGUGAACCCGCAGCUUCGCCUCGUCACACGAGGAAUUCUAAAUUACAAGUUCACCAUGGCUGUGUCCAAAAUCGCCCCACCAUACCAUUCACUAUUCCAUACAUUACAUCACUACUAUAGGUUGUUUAAAAUAGUGAAUGGAAACGAAUCGAGUGAAUGACCUCGGACGCUGCCGCAAGCCCUGCAGACGCCAUCUUGUGCCGAAUCCGGGGAAUUCAUUCAGCGCGAGACAGCCGUUGUACCACAUAAAUAAAGGGCACAGACAAAACACAACACGUAUUUUAAAUUACGCAAUCAAUGAAGACAGGAAAUUCACAAAAAUAAGGCUUUCUUUUUUCGUCAUUUGAAAAGUUUAUUUACGUGUAUUUCACGUAAAUCACCACAGGAGGGCGCCUGCAGGUACGUUCGUCUCGCCAAUCGAAUGUGUUAUUUAAAGCCAUAAAAAUAGGUUUCGAGUGUAUUUCACAUAAAUCACCACAUGAGGGCGCCUAAAGUUACGGUCUAGACAGGAAUAUAUAUUGUUAUUAUUUCAACAGAAAUGCUGGCAAAACACAACACAUUUGGUUUAAUUAUGCGAUCAAUGAUAAUCAAAUAAAUUAAGAAAAUUCGCAAUGCUGCGGUUUUCCUUUUCUAAAUUCAAAGCCAUAGAGAAAUAAUUUUCGGGUGUAUUUCACAUAAAUCACCACAGGCCACGAACAACACAACAUGUAUUUUAAAUUAUGCAAUUAUGCAAGAUUUUUUAAAGGCUUUCUUUUUUGUUUAUUUAAAUCCACUUGUUAAACCUGACGUCACGCACCACCAUAUAUGGAAGGUCAUAACCCGUUUCCGGGUCCAACUGUUUUGUCAGACGCCAUAAGACCAAAAAUGCUGAUAUACACCCAUGACGUGAUGAAAAACUCCCGAAAGCCCCUGAUCCCAUCCUUUAUCCUUAUAAAAGUUUCGCUCAAAUGUGUGAUAUGAAUAAAAAAGUGCUCAUAAACGGCUGUUUUAACAAUAUCCUCCAUUAAAAUGCGUGGAGGCUCGGACCCGGAAACAGUAUUCCUUACGUCGCGACGUAACAAGCGGAUAGCUUUAGUGUGUAUUUCAUAGAAAUCACCACAGGAGGUCGCCUAUAUAUUUACGUAAUUAUUUAAAUAAAAAUACUGACAAAACACAACAUAUUUGGUUAAAUUAUGCAGCAAAUGAAUUCUAAAUGAAUUCUUCAUUUAAAUAGCUUCCUGUGUAGUUCACGUAAAUUAUUAAUUAUUUCAACAAAAUGCUGACAAAACACAACACAUUUGGUUUAAUGUUACAAUCAAUGAAAAUAAUAAAAUAAACAAAUUAAGAAAAUUCGCAAUAAAAAUUUACCAAAUGGAGGUUUUUCCUUUUUCUCCGUUAAAAGUCGUAAAAAGAUUUCGAGUGCAUUUUCAAAUAAAUCACCACAGGAGGGCACCUGAAGUUUAUGGAGAACGAAACCUGCAAAAACAAUAAAUACAUAAAUUCGGAAUUAAAUACAUAAUAAAUAAUUGAAUGUUUGGUGAGAUAAACAAAUAAUGUAAAUAAAUAAAAUAAAUGGUCGGAGAAAUGAAAAAAUAUUUAACAAAAUGCUUUUCCCCUUAAUCGUUUAUUUAUUUUUCCUUGGCGCAACAGGCUAAUAAGAGGGUGUUGAUCAUGCAUCAGUAGGCGGGUCUUGCGCGUUUGACUGCGCAUGAGUAUUAACUUAGGUUCAAUGAAUGCGUAUGGUUUUUUUUUUUUUUUUUAGAGUAAAUGAUGCAUGUUUACACGAAUUAGGUCAGUUAACAGCUACGCGUGACAUGGCUUUAGAUCCUGUUGUAGUCAGAAAAGAACAGUAGCUAGAACAGGUUGCUCCACUCAUAAGACAUGCAAGUGUCAUUGUGUGUGUCUGGACGUCCGUAUGUCGCCUGUUUGUAUAUGUUGUUAUCUUGGGUUGUCUGUUUAUAUCGUCCUGUCGUGUAUUCAGAACAAUUUUAUGGUUUAGAUUUCAUGCUUGGCAACAGCUAGCCUGAAGUUAAUGCGCAUGCGCUGGCAAGACCCGCCCACCGAUGCAUGAUCGACGUCCUCUCAUUAACAUGUGUUGAGGAAAAAAGAAUACGGAACUACAUAAAGAAAUAUAUAAAAGAUUAAGGGAAAAUUGUUACUUUGGGUUUAGCUUCUCAAAUAUUUAAUAAUUUGUUUACUUAUUUUAACAGAAAUAUGUGUGUUUUUACACAUAUAUAUGUAUUUAUUUCCGCUUUUAUUUAUUUAUAGUUUUUGCAGGUUUCGUCCUCAAUAGAAGUUACGUUCGUGGUUACGUUCGUCUCGCCAGAAAUAUAUAUAUAUAUAUAUAUGCAUUUAUCUUUCAACAGAAAUGCUGACAAAACACAACACAUUUAAUUAUACAGUCAAUGAACAUAAUAUAUCAAAUAAAUUCAGACAAUUCGCAAUACUGCGAUUUUCCUUUCUCUAAAUUUAAAGCCAUAGAGAAAUAUCUUUCGGGUGCAUUUUAAAUAAAUCAUUAAAGGCCACAAAUAAAACAAAACACGUAUUUUAAACGAUGCAAUCGAUGAAGAUAAUAAAUAAUUAAAGAAAUUUAAAAGGCUGUCUUUUUUUCUUCAUUUGAAUAACUUUCGUGUGUAUUUCACAUAAAUUACCAUAGCAGGGCGCCUGCCGUUACGUUCCUCUCGCCAAGAGAAAAGAAUAUUUCAAUAUUUCAACAAAAUGCUGUCAAAACUGACAAAUUUGGUAUACUGAAUCAAUCAAGCAAGAUACAUAGUUAUACGUAGGAUAUACGUUGUAUAGCCAUAUAUUAAUAAGUAUUAUUAUUUAUAUGUAUUAUUUAGACAUUAUCCUAAGAAAACAAAAGUUUCGUUUCUCUGAUGUGAAACCCAGACUGCUUUUUUUUAGUACACAUGCAAAAUAACUCUUGAGAAAAGAAUGGUCAUGGGAAUAUCUUAAGUGAACAAUUGCGGUGUCAUUAUAUAGGUGUUAUAUUAAAGCGAUUAAAUUAAACAACAAGAUGUAAAAUCGUUGUAAAACUAAAGGCUGUAAAGUGUAGAGGCGCUUCGUGUCUUUGACCAGGAGAUGGCAGUAACGCGCAUGUGCAGGAAACCUUCGAGCGACGCAAUAAACGCUUUUUUUACAAAAUAAAAAUAAAAUAAAUCAUUGUAAAUCGUUGUCUUGAUGGACAUUACUGCUACACACGUAUUGUUUCGAAGCGUCUCUAUCUCUCUCCCUCUCCUCCUUUCUCUCUCUCUCCCGUGUGUGUAGAUCAUCAUCAUCAUCAUCAUCAUCAUCAUCAACCAGUGGAGGACAAAGACAGAAAUGGGUCACAGGAGCGGCUGAUCCACGCGCACAGAGCUCAUGGGGAUCAAAGUUCUGUCUGCUGGAGAUUCAGACUGAGAGUGUUUCAGCUCUCAGCUCUCAGUGUCUUCACACACCACACAUCGAUCUGUAGGAUCCUCUCAUCACUGCUGUAUCCUCUGAACUC